UUGAACAGUUCAAAACACGUUAAAAAUCAACGCAAUUGUGCAACUGUGGUGAAAUUGUAUUUUACAAGGAAGAUAUUUAAACAGAAGUGAAUUGUCAUCAUAAAAGUGAUUUAAAAUGGCAAAAGAUGUUGCGGCUUUACCACAAAAUCAUUUAUUUAUAAGAAAGAAAAAAAAUAAACAAGCUGAGAAGGAGGAUCUUGGUUUGGGUUCUUUAUCUCUAGCAGAAGGAGAACCUUCUGCUACUCAAGAACCAGAGCCUUCUACAUCCCAAGAUACGAAAAAAAAAGAAGAGGUCCAAUCUGUGCCUGAAAAAAAAGAGGAAGUAAAGGAAGAAGAGCCGGAAGGACUUGGAUUGGGUUUAGGUAAAGGAAAAAAGAAGCAGCGUAAAGCAACAGUUGAAACUGCAAAAAAAGAUGAAUCUGAUACGAAAGACGCUGAAAAGGAACUUGAGAAGGUCGAAUCUGCGCCUGAAAAAAAAGAGGAAGCAAAAGAAGAAGAAGCGGAAGGGCUUGGAUUAGGUUUAGGGGGAGGGAAAAGGAAACCGCGCAAAAAGAAGCCUGCUGCUGCGGCCGGCCCUGCGCCCGCUGCUCCUAUACCCGCCAGUACUGCACCAGUUGCUUCUACUCCAACAUUUGGGUCACCACCAGCGGUCGUUAAGCCACCCGAAACAGUGACAUCCCCCAUACCAGAGCUAAAGAUGGAUGCACCACCGCCAGGUGCAGGUAGAGGUUGGGGUGCUCCACGGUCUGCUCCAGUUCAACAAGCUCCCCCAGCGGCCUUUGUGCCUCAGCAAGCACCUGUCCAAACCCAAGUAGCCACUCCACCGGCCUUUGUACAACAUGCGCGCCCUCAAGCUGGCCGAGGCCGAGGCCAACAACCAUAUGACCAAAAAAUAUCGGUAAUAAGUAGUGGACAAGCACCUACAUAUCCUGCUACGUCUAGAAGCUCGACAGCUGUAGCAUGUCGAUUUCAAAUACCUGCUAAAGUACCUGGUGGAAAAGUGCCAGCUACGAAAACCAGAGUUGUGACCAAUUACUUGGAGAUGAAAAUACAACCUAUCAAAGUGAACCGUUACGACGUCGCGAUUAAACCAGACCGACCAAAAAAAUUUCUGCCUAAGGUUUUUGCUGCUGCAAAGGCCAUUAAAUUUCCGAAACAAUUUAUAGCAUUUGACCAAAGGAAGAACUGUUAUUCGCUGACACCAUUGGUCAAAGGCAAUGAAGAACGUUGCACGAUAAAUGUUGAAGUCUUAGAUGAUAAUGAUGCAAAGAUGGCUUUUGAAGUAAGCUUGAAAUUGACUGGAGUGGUUGACCUGGGAACAAUUAUUAACCACAUGAAUAACCAAGGUUCAUCAGUAAAUACACCUAUGGAAGCAAUUCAGUGUGUUGAUGUGAUCUUGCAGCAAGGAACCUUAGAAAACUAUGUGAAAGCUGGCCGUCAAUUUUUCAAACGUCCACGAAAUCCGAUAGACUUGUACGAUGGUUUGGAAAUGUGGACUGGACUCUUCCAAUCUGCUAUAUUCACUUCAAGCGCUUUUAUCAACAUUGAUGUGGCUCAUAAGGGAUUCCCGAAGCAACAGAGACUGAUCGAUGCGCUUGUAAAUGAUUUUCGUUUGGAUCCAAGCAGAGCCCUAGAUCGACAGAGGGGCAUCGAUGCGUUCCAACAUUUUAUUAAGGGGUUGAGGGUAAAAGCAAACAUUGGCGGCGCUGGCACUAAGCAACGCGAGUACAUAUGCAAUGGUAUCGUGGAACCCCCGUACAAGAUGUCUUUCCAAAUGACCGACCACGAUGGUAGACCAACUAGGGAGAUCACCGUUGCCAAGUACUUUGAGACGGAAAAGAAAUGCAGAAUAAAGUACCCGAACUUGAACUGUAUGUGGGUGGGUCCUAAAGACAAGAAUAUUUACUACCCUAUGGAAUUACUGGAUGUUGUCUAUGGUCAGGCGUUGAAUAAACAACUGAACGAGCGGCAGCUUUCGACGAUGGUCCGUCAGGCGGCCACACCACCUAGCGACCGACUUGAAAAAAUCAAAGAAGUCAUACGAGACAUGAAUUACUCCGCAAGUCCGUGCUUCAAACACUUCAAAAUGGAGAUUGAUAAUAAAUUCUUACAAGUGGAUGCCAAAAUUUUGGAAGCGCCCAAAAUCGACAUCGGAUCCGGGCGACCCAUCGAUCCAAGGAGAGGAGUGUGGCAAGCCAACCGCCUACUCAGAGCGAGCGCGCUGGAGUCGUGGGGAUUCAUCGUGGUGGAAGCUAAUCCCAACGACUUCAAUUGCGAUAGCAUGAUACAAAUGCUAAUGAAAGUGGGACGUCAAAUGGGCAUGGCGGUCAACAUGCCCGCCUUUACGAACUUCAACGUGACCCAACAGGAUCUACGGAACGUUCUUCUCACGGCGCAGGAGAAGAAGCUCAACUUCAUGUUCAUUAUUGUCUCUGGUAGAGACAAGGACGCGUACCAUAAGGUAAAACGCAAGGCAGAGUUGGAGGUCGGCAUUUUAACUCAAUGCAUUAGGGAGAUGACAGCCUCCAGGCGUAUGAAUGAACAGACUGUACGCAACAUUCUGUUAAAGGUAAACUCCAAGUUGAUGGGGAUCAACCAAGCCCUGGACAAUCGCAGCUUGCCGACGUGCCUGAAAAGUGGCGGCGUUAUGGUUGUGGGGGCUGACGUCACUCAUCCUUCGCCUGAUCAGAUGAGCGUGCCAAGUAUCGCUGCUGUUACAGCGUCGCUUGACCCCAAAUGUUUCAUCUACAAUAUUGAAAUGAGUGUGCAGACACCAAAGCAUGAAAUCAUCGUCGAUUUUGAAAACAUGAUGUUCGACCACCUGAAAGUAUAUAAGAGUCAUCAGAAUGCGUUGCCUCGGAAAAUAUUCGUGUUCCGCGAUGGAGUGUCUGAGGGACAGUUCGCUCAGGUAAUGAACAGCGAACUAGUGGCAGUGCACCGCGCGUACGCUCGGCUCGACCAAGUGAAUAAGCCCGAGAUAUUGUUCCUGCUCGUACAAAAGAGGCAUCACACGCGGUUCUUCAUGGGAGAUAAGAACCCACAAAACGUUGAGCCGGGCACCGUGGUCGACACUCAUAUUGUGCACCCUAAGGAAUUGGACUUUUACUUGGUUUCUCACCAAGCGAUAAAAGGUACAGCCCGUCCGACGCGGUACCACGCCAUAUGCAACGACGGCAACAUACCGUCUGACGAGGUGGAACAAUUGACUUACUACCUGUGCCACUUGUACUCGCGCUGCACCCGCUCCGUCUCCUACCCCACUCCGACAUACUACGCGCAUCUGGCCUGUUGUCGCGCUAAAUCGCUCACUCACGGCGAUCGUUACAACAAUGUGGAUCUGGAAAAACAACCGCAACGACUUCGCGUGUUGGAUCGAAUGCUCAGGUGUAGCCGUAUGUUCUUCGUGUAAUUCACAUACAGAAAUGUUUGUUAUAAGAUUCUGUACCCUCAGUACAGUACUAUCACUUUUAUAGGUUACGCCGAUGUACCUGACAUGUUAUUUUUAAUCAUUCGAAAAAUUCGCUAUUCGUUAGGGGGAAGAUUCGUCAGGGCUAUCCCCUGACACAUCUUCCCCCUGUCGGGAACAAAAUCAUGUUAUUUUGUUUGUAUGCGGGUUUUAGCUUUCUAUUUUCUGAUUGGUCCGCGAGGUUUAGUAU